GCUUUGUGGGUGUGUGACAGCCAGCGGCACAGGAGACACCGCAUGGAUUCACCUGCCCUGUCGCUCAAUUACUCCUCCGGUCCUGCGGGUGGCGGUGUAGAGCGAUGAAACUCCAGGCGUGUAGCUGAAAAGGGAAGACAGUGUUAAGUAGUGCAGUUGAUCAAAUUUAGCAGAAAUACCACCCUUUGUUUCUUUAAUGUGAUAAUCUACUCAGAACGAUCAUCAUCCAGUUGCGGUCCUAAGUGCAUCUGGAUCUACCAUGGAGCCUAUAAUGCAUCAUGUGUGGUUGAGAGUCUUCCAGCGCCUCCAGAGAGCCUCACUAUUUCUCAGAAAGAGCCAUUCAGGCUGCGCUGAGCAGGCAACCGUUCUUGCCUCCAUUCACUCCAGACGUAUCAGACCUACACUCCCAGUGUCCCGACUCUAUCAGCCAUUAAACCUGCGUGAUGUCGGGCUGCAAGGAGAGAUGACGUGCAAGAGCCAGCGGCUCAUGCAGCAGGCUGGCCUCAUCCAUCCAUCCAGCCCAGGAUGCUACUACUACCUUCCGGCCAUGGUCCGCUCCAUGGAAAAGCUGGUAAGAGUAAUUGACCAGGAGAUGCAGGCGAUUGGGGGACAGAAGCUGGACAUGCCCAGUUUGUGCUCAGCCAAUCUUUGGAAAACCAGCGAGCGCUGGGAUUUGAUGGGAAAUGAGCUUUUCCGUCUGAAAGACCGGCAUGGAGUCGACUACUGCUUGGGUCCCACACACGAGGAGGCAGUGACGACACUAGUCGCUCAUCAGGCGACUCUCUCCUACAGACAGCUCCCUCUGCUUCUCUAUCAGAUUACAAGGAAAUUCAGAGAUGAACCCAGGCCAAAGUUUGGUCUUCUUCGAGGGCGGGAGUUCUACAUGAAAGAUAUGUACUCAUUUGAUGUGAGUGAAGAAGCAGCUCACCAGACGUAUGAAUCUGUGUGCCAAGCUUACACCCGGCUCUUCAGCCGUUUGGGCCUGUGUUGCAUUCAGGUGCAGGCAGACACAGGGAACAUUGGCGGUAAACUCUCCCAUGAGUUCCAGCUGCCAGCAGACAUUGGUGAGGACCAGCUUUUGGUCUGUGGGAACUGCUCUUUCUCUGCUAAUGUAGAGACCAUGUCAUCAGAUAGAACCGACUGUCCACAGUGCAAAACUGGCACACUGGUAGCAACAAAAGGUAUAGAAGUAGGACACACCUUUUACUUAGGGAAAAGGUACUCUCAUGUAUUCAAUGCCACCUUCAGCAGUAGCCAAAACAAGCCUAGCAUUGCUGAGAUGGGUUGCUAUGGUCUUGGAGUCACCCGCAUUCUUGCUGCAGCCAUUGAGAUGAUGUCAACAGAAGAGGGGAUCUGCUGGCCAGGGCUUCUUGCCCCUUACCAGGUUUGUGUUUUACCACCAAAGAUAGGCAGUAAAGUAGACAAAGCAGCAGUCUUAGUUGAGGACCUGGUUCACAAUUUGGGAGAGACUCUGCCAAAUUUGAGAGGUGAAGUUGUUCUUGAUGACCGCACACAGAUGACCAUUGGAAAGAGGCUGAAGGAUGCCAGCAAACUGGGCUACCCAUAUGUUAUUGUGGUAGGGCAGCAUGCUCUAGAAGAAACACCCAGGUUUGAAGUAAUCUGUCAGCAGAUGGGAGAGACGAUGUUUCUCAGUAAAGAUGGACUGUUAGAUUUACUGAGGAGAAUAGAAACUGUAUGAGGAACACUUCUGAAUGUGGAAACAUUUUAUAUAUGUGUAUAAUAAGCAAAAUGCUUAUGAUGCAAUAAAUAAGGUGGGUGGAAAAGAAGAUAAAAGCCUUGUAUAUUUUGUCUUCGGUCAGUUUUGGCUGUACAAAAUCAUAAAACCUGUAACUUACAUACACUGACCCAAACAAAAGAUUGAUCAUGGAUCUUGGGAUAUAAAAUGUCAAAGACUGCAUUAUGCAGAUUUGACACAUUAAAGAGAUGUGUGUUAUAACAACUGGAAUUCAGUGUUGCUG